AUGGCUUCGCGUUGUCUGGCUCUUACCCCAAAAUUUGCUCAGCGCUCAGGUGCACGGUUUCUAUCGACGACUAGAGUGCUACGGGAAGAGGCAUCCACUUCACCCAACCUAGGAUCUGUGCAGCCGCAGAAGAGACCAGUCGGAGGCUUUCGGGGAGGCUCUGCGUUUGCUGCGUACCAUCUUUUAGACGAGUAUAAACUCGCUUCUGCGGCGCUGCAGGCCAGCGUGGAGGAGCUACAGGCGAGCACGGAGAAGGUUUGA